AUGGACAGUAAUCCAGUUCCUCAUGGCCUAACACAAGAAGAAUUCACAGUGCUAAAACCCAUCAUCCGCGCCUACCACACCUUUGAUCAAUUGUCAAACACGUGCACAUCCCUCAUAUUGCAACGCAUUGAUGCACCAGCAGCACAAGUCUGGCCAUUCGUUCGCCGUUUCGACUACCCACAGAAGUACAAACACUUCGUCAAGAGCUGCAACAUAAUCGCCGGUGAUGGUGGCAUUGGCAGCAUAAGGGAAGUAACCAUCGUAUCAGGGCUGCCAGCAUCAACCAGCACUGAAAGGCUAGAGAUUUUGGAUGAAGCAAAACGCAUUUUGAGCUUUAGGGUUGUUGGGGGAGAGCAUAGAUUAAACAAUUAUCAAUCUGUUACAUCUGUUAAUGAAUUAAUUGACAGAGAAAAUAAGGUUUACACCAUUGUUUUGGAGUCUUAUAUAGUUGAUAUACCAGAGGGAAAUACAGAGGAAGAUACAAAAAUGUUUACUGAUACCGUUGUAAAGCUGAAUCUUCAAAAGCUUGGAGUGGCGGCUAUGGCGGCUUUGCAUGGACAAAACUAA